UGAUAUGCUACACAUAAUGGGAAGACCUUCUUCCUUUGUUUUCCUCUUCUUACUCCAUUCCUUCAUGGCCUCCUUAGCUUGGAGUGAUACAAAUAUCACUACCGACAAAUCUGCACUUCUUGCCUUUAAAUCCUUUAUCAUUUCAGAUCCACACAAUUUCUUAGCUAAUUGGUCUGUCUCUUCUUCUCCAUGCAGCUGGAUUGGUAUCACAUGCAAUACUCGUCAUGGAAGAGUCCACUCCUUGAAUCUUGGUGGCAUGGAUCUUAAGGGUACCAUAUCUCCACAACUAGGAAAUCUCUCGUUCCUUGUUGAACUUGACCUUAGUGACAAUGAUUUUCAUGAUCAAAUACCAAACGAGCUAGUUAAAUUGCGUAGAUUGGAACUACUCAAUUUGAGCUACAAUGACUUUCAUGGACAAGUUCCAGUAUGGAUAGAAGAUUUAUCUUCACUUGAGCAAUUACAUCUUCAAAAUAACAGUCUUAGUGGAUUUAUUCCACCAUCUAUAUUUAAUCUGACACUACUAGACACCUUGGAUUGGAAUGAUAAUUUACUUCAAGGGACCAUUCCACUCGAAGUGGGAAGACUUGAGCGAUUGAAGAUUUUACGUCUUGCGGGUAACAAGCUUUCAGGAAACAUUCCCCAAACAAUUUCCAACUUAUCUUCACUUGAGUUAUUGAGUUUGUCUUAUAACAGUUUGUCAGGGGGCAUCCCAAGUGAGAUUGGGGAUCUUUCACAAUUGAAGACAUUGUAUCUUGGAAAUAAUCAACUUGCUGGUUCAAUACCAUCUUCAUUAUUCAACAAUUCAGUGUUGCAAGACUUUGAACUUGGAAUAAAUAAUUUAUCUGGCAGUCUCCCAAUAAAUGUGUGUGUUGGGCUUCCAAAGCUACAAAUAUUUUAUGUGAAUGGAAAUGACUUGUCUGGCCAAAUACCCUCCACUUGGCAUCAAUGCAUAGAAUUAUUAGAGUUACAAUUGGAUGAUAACAAAUUCAACAGAGGAAACAUACCAAUUGACAUUGGAAAUCUGACCAAACUUCAGUGGCUAUCUCUUUUCAACAGCAACUUGCAAGAUUACUUCUAA